AUGCCGAACAAGAAGUCCAAAUCGGGCACCCCCAAAGGCAAAGGCGCUGCUUCGCUCUCUGAUUCUCCUUCGCUGCCAGCAGUUCCUGUUGUGGUACAGCCGAGGCAGACGAUGCCCUCGCCGCACCCACAAACCCAAGCGCCGCCACCAAAAGGCUCCUCGUCUUCCUCCGAGGACUUCUGGACUAAGAAUGCACGUGCCAAGGCCCUCAUCAUGUCGACGUUGGUGCCAGGUAGCGAACCUUGGAAAAUCGCCGAGCCGCUCGAACUGGCCUCUGACAUUUGGAAGGCAUUAGAGGACAAAUAUGCGCCCAAGGACACCAAGGGCAGGCUAGAUGCGAAGGGGAUAAUAGAUGCUGCGAAAAAAAGCGAGCAUGGUACAGCUGAGAAUGCCAGGCCCCUGUCCUCCGACUUCAUUGGUGACUGGGUAGAGGGCAAGCCUAUGGACAAAUAUCUGGAUAUGUACCGAUCGAGCAAGAGAGCCCCACAACCACUGCCUGAACCUGCAGAGCACCCAAGUGCUGCAUACGAUGCACCGGUCACCGAUAAGGAUGCAGUGGAAUUAGCUGCAGCUGUACUCUCACAACGCUUGCCAAAAGGCCCCACAACUCCUACCCCUAGCGAGGCGCAGCCAAUCCAGACAGACUCUGCAACAGCCGCAGGAGCCUCAUCUUCAUCCUGGCGGGCAACACCAGUCGUCCACGACAGUUAUCUUACUGAGGGCCAGGCUCUUGCCUUCGCACAGUAUGACCUGGAACGGAAGAAACAGAUACAAGUAGCCGCAACCAAGGUCCUCAUGCAGAAGCUCCCUACUCGAGAUUUGAGGUUCCUAUGGGCGAUAUUGUAUGGCGGAGAAAAUGCACCCUGGCCAGGAUCGAGCUCCGCAAUCAUCCCUGGCGUCACGGUCUCAGGUGGGCUUUCUACCUUCCGACUG